AUGACGCCUUACGAGGCUUUGUAUGGGUGUCCGUGCCGAGCCUCACAUUAUUGGGAAGAAAUUGGUGAGAAAAGCUUGCUAGGACCGGAUUUGGUGCGGAUUACGACCGAGAAGAUUGGAAUUAUCUGGCGCCGCCUCUUGAUGGCUCAAAGCAGGCAGAAAAGCUAUGCCGACACGAGGCGGAGAAACUUAGAAUUUGAAGUUGAGGACCACGUAUUUCUCAAAAUCUCUCCAAGAAAGGGUGUUUUACGCUUCAACAAGAAGGGAAAGCUUACGCCACGAUUCAUCGGGCCCUUCCAGAUUUUGGACCAAGUUGGUGUGGUUGCCUAUCGCUUGACACUACCCCCGCCUCUUGCCGGAGUGCAUAACGUCUUUCAUAUAUCAAUGUUGAAGAAGUAUAUCCCCGAUCCUCCGCACAUCAUCAAGUGGGAACAUGUGGAGAUCAAAGAAAAUGUCACAUACAUUCUCCGACCUACUCGAAUACUAGAUAGGAAGUAG